AUGCAGCAGAACCUUGUGGUUGGUGCAGUUGCAACAGUGGUAUCGGCCGUCACCUACGGCUCCACUUACGUACCAGUGUACUGGUUCGAAAUUGGAGAUGGGCUGUACUUUCAAUGGCUGAUGUGCAUUGGUCAGAUGCUAUUUGGCGCCAUUAUCCUUGGUUUCACUUCCUGGCCGCCAGUCUUUCCGUUAGCCAUGUUGUCAGGGGUUUUCUUCACUUUCGGUAAUGCACUCACUAUUUUUAUAAUGGACAGAAUUGGUAUGGCAGUAGGCUAUUUGCUAUGGAAUACAGUGACCUGCGUUACCGGAUGGGCUCUGACGCGAUUCGGUCUACUUGGAAAUCCUCAACAGCUACCUCAUGACAACGUCAUGAACAUCAUCGGUGUCAUAACAGUAUGCAUAGGUGGAUGCUUUUUCGCCACGAUAAAGCGCCAUCGAAUAAAAGUUCGGCCUGCUCCCUGGCAGGAUAAGGUCUGUGUCUUCGGUAGUAUGAUGUGUUAUUGGUCUUAA